CCUCGGUGACAUGACGAAUUAUUUAAAUAUACACAAAAGAGUUUAACUUUAACCAUCAAUAGUUGUCUCAUUCUUCAGGUCACUUACGGUUACUUCGCUUCGGACUCUAAAAAUCUUUUCAGAGUUGUUGACAAACAGCAGCUAUCUGAAAAUUCUUUGUAACCUUCGGGCUACGACAUUGAAUACAGGAAACUUGGAUCAACUUAAUAUAUUGAAUCGGUACGGAGCCAGGAUCCGGAGGAUUCUAUAUUGAUAUUAAUCUCGAGAGCACUUUUAGCUUCGAGGAAAGCGGUCAACCUUCAAGUAUAAUCGUCAGAAGAAACUACACCAAACUCGAACGCAUCUCAAGUUCGAGUUUCGUAUAUUAUUUAUUGAAGAAACGCCAAUUUGGCUUUAGAUUGAUCAAUUUACUUCAAUCGUUACAUGAUUCGCUUGGGUAUUUGAAAGAAAAGUUGCCACAUCAUAGUUUUUUUUAAGCCUUACUGCACAAGAAGUUCGCAAGGCAUCUGUAAUUAAGCUCAACGGACGUAGGCGAAAUCGUUGUUGACGUGAACUUUGGCCAAUUUUUUUAAAGAAGGGUGUUUCAAUACGGUAUUAAACAUUCAAUCAAAUUUUAUUGUCCGGUUGGAGGAAUAAAUAACGUCACGUUCUGGCUUAUUGAGGAAUCAGACGCACGACGAUUAAACAGCGCUGUGGACAAAACAAUCUAUCAACAUACAGCAAGUACUUGAUAACACUUUGUAGAAAUUCGAGGAUUUCCCAGAAUCAAGGAACACAGUUCAGAGAAUAAGUCAAUAUACCGAGCAGUAACAGGAACUAAUUAUGAAAUACCUUUGUAUCAUCGCAAUCAUCCUACAAUUGUUGUCACCAAUCAUUGGUUCAUCGACACCAAUUCAGGCUGGAUCAUCAUCGAUCACCGCACAGCCGGCGUCUAUCGAUCUUAUGUCAUCACUACCAAUGAUUGCCCCGUCUUCAUCGAUACCUGAUCAGUCAUCAUCAGUCAUUGAUCAAUCAACACCGAUUAUUGCUAAAUCCUCAUCAGUGAUCGCUCAACCACCAUCUAUGAAUGUUGUGUCAUCAAUACCAAUGAUUGUUCCGUCCUCGUCGAUAACUGCUCAAUCGUCAUCAGGUAUUGAUUUAUCGACACCAGUCAUUGCCGAAUCAUCAUCGAUCAUCGCUCAGCCGGGACCUGUCGAUGUUAAGUCAUCAGCACCAAUGAUUGCUCCAUCUUCAUCGAUACCGGCGCAGUCAUCAUCAGUCAUUGAUUCAUCAACACUGAUCAUUGCCGAAUCAUCAUCAAUCAUCGCUCAGCCGGGAACUGUCGAUGUUAAGUCAUCAGCACCAAUGAUUGCUCCAUCUUCAUCGAUACCGGCGCAGUCAUCGUCAGUCAUGGAUUCAUCAACACCGAUCAUUACCGAAUCAUCGUCAAUCAUCGCAAAACCGGGACCUGUCGAUGUUAAGUCAUCAGCACCAAUGAUUGCUCCAUCUUCAUCAAUACCGGUGCAGUCAUCAUCAGUCAUUGAUUCAUCAACACCGAUCAUUACCGAAUCAUCAUCAAUCAUCGCACAACCGGGACCUGUCGAUGUUAAGUCAUCAGCACCAAUGAUUGCUCCAUCUUCAUCGAUACCGGCGCAGUCAUCAUCAGUCAUUGAUUCAUCAACACUGAUCAUUACCGAAUCAUCAUCAAUCAUCGCUCAGCCGGGACCUGUCGAUGUUAAGUCAUCAGCACCAAUGAUUGCUCCGUCUUCAUCGAUACCGGCGCAGUCAUUAUCAGUCAUUGAUUCAUCAACACCAGUCAUCGCCGAAUCAUCAUCGAUCAUCGCUCAGCCGGGACCUGUCGAUGUUAAGUCAUCAGCACCAAUGAUUGCUCCAUCUUCAUCGAUACCGGCGCAGUCAUCGUCAGUCAUUGAUUCAUCAACACUGAUCAUUACCAAAUCAUCGUCAAUCAUCGCAAAACCGGGACCUGUCGACGUUAAGUCAUCAGCACCAAUGAUUGCUCCAUCUUCAUCGAUACCGGCGCAGUCAUCGUCAGUCAUUGAUCAUCAACAAGCUGACAUACAUACACAUUCAUCAUCAUCGCUCAGCCGGACCUGUCGAUUCUCAGCACCAAUGAUGCUCCCAUCUUCAUCGAUACCGGCCCAGUCAUCAUCAGUCAUUGAUUCAUCAACGCCGAACAUUGCCGAAUCAUCAUCAAUCAUCGCUCAGCCGGGACCUGUCGAUGUUAAGUCAUCAGCACAAAUGAUUCCUCCAUCUUCAUCAAUACUUGCUCAAUCAUCAUCAGUCAUUGAUUCAUCAACACCGAUUAUUGCUGAAUCAUCAUCAAUCAUCGCUCAGUCGCCAUCUAUCAAUGUUAAGUCAUCAGUAACAGUGAUUGCCCCAUCUUCAUCGAUACCUGCUCAGUUAUCAUCAGUCAUUGAUUCAUCAACAGCGAUGACUGCUCAACUACCAUCAAUGACUGCCAGGUUACUAUCAUUGACUGCUCAGUCACAAUCAAUGAUUGUUCAGUCACCAUCAAUGACUGUUCAGUCACCAUCAAUGAUUGUUCAGUCACCAUCAAUGAUUGUUCAGUCACCAUCAAUGACUGUUCAGUCACCAUCAAUGACUGUCCAGUCACCAUCAAUGACUGUUCAGUCACCAUCAAUGACUGUUCAGUCACCAUCAAUGACUGUUCAGUCACCAUCAAUAACUGUUCAGUCACCAUCACCCACUACUCAAUCAGCUUUAAUGACUGCUCAGUCUCCAUCAUCAUCGAUAAAACCGAACAAGACAGUGACGUUGUCUUCAUCAUCUCAACUGGUAAUAAUAACCACUAAAAAGCCAACAAAAAACACUCUCAAUACCAGUGUUGAGAUAUCAAUUGACGGAGUUUUGGACGAAGAUUUGAGGAAUAAGUCAAGCAGAAAGUACAGGACGUUCACCACAAGCCUUAAGAAUACGAUUAAAGAUGUGUACAGGAAAAGAAACAUUAGUGUAGAUGUGUUGGUGCUAGGAUUACGAUCUGGAAGUAUCAUCGCAGAAUUAAGACUUAUUUUUCAAGACCGCACCGUCAGUUCACCAUUGAAAGUUCUCAAAGAAGCUAUCGAGAAGAACGAGCUUGGCAAUUUCACCAUCGAUCCAAAUUCACUUAAACUGACAUUUCACGAGUGCAAUCCAACAUGCCACGAGAACGCCGAGUGUGAGAGACAGGGAACCUCGUCCACAAUAUUUUUGUGUCAAUGUAAAUCUGGCUAUAUUGGUAAUGGCGUCCAGUCUUGCACAGAAAUCAAAGAAGAUGAGGACGAUGAUGAUAUCAAAAAGAUACUUAUAGCCUCUCUAGUUAUUGUCUCGAUAAUAUUAGCUAUCGUAUUACUGUUAUUCAUAUAUUUAAUUUAUAGAAUAUGUAAAAACAAGUGAUCUAAACAAGUGAACGAGACACAGAUUAAAGAAAACGAGGAGGUGAAGAGUUGGAUAAUGUAAUUUAUUGGUUAAAAGACAUUAGUUAUUUAAUUUAUCAAGAUAAAUCGAUAGUGUUAUUAACGAAGUUACGGAUUGCAUUCUAAUGCAAACGUUCUGCAGAAUUCCGGCUUGAAUAAACAGGUCAUUGAGGUCCCUUGACAUUGAGAAUGACAACCAUACUUGUUAUUAGAUCAUUAGUAAGUCUUCGCACAAGCAGGGUAGGGACGUGAUAUUCGACGUAAACGAAGAUAAAUUGGUAAUAUAUAUAUUGUCCGAUUUGCCAUGAAUCAAACAGGAUGACGCAACGAGAACUAAGCAAAGCUAUUAAAAUGAUAUUGAUUUUAUAUUUAGUAAAAACAAACUCAUACAAUAUGAAAGGAUAAAAAGGGUGUAAACCAGCUAUUGUAUACAUAAAUGGAAAGUUUAACAACCAAUGAUACACAUGUACGACUGAUAAUUUGAACUACCCAGUGUCACAUCACUUCGAUUUCUCACCGGAUCGAGAAGCUAACGCAGAAUUCAGAACAAAGGAAAUAGAGCAA